GGGGGCGGCACCAUGCCUCAGAUAUCAUGUCGUUAUUACGAACAGAAGUACCCGGAGGUGGACGAGGUUGUCAUGGUAAAUGUUGUUCAGAUCGCUGAGAUGGGCGCCUAUGUCAAACUACUCGAAUACGACGGACAGAAAGGUAUGAUCCUCAUGUCCGAGUUCUCAAGAAAGCGUAUCAGGUCUAUAAACAAGUUGGUGAGAGUGGGAAGGAACGAGUGUGUCCUGGUGACCAGAGUGGACCAAGAUAAGGGGUAUAUUGAUCUCUCCAAGAGACGAGUCGUACAGGAGGAUAUUAAGAGGUGCGAAGAAAAGUACUCUAAAGCUAAAACAGUUAACCAGAUCUUGAGACAUGUUGGGGAGCUGCUAGAUUACGAGGAUGACAAAAUGUUAGAGGAGCUGUACAAGAAGACCGCGUGGUGCUUUGACAAGAAAUACCCGACGAGCGGAAAAUCACACGAGAUGUUCAAAGAAGCCGCUCAAAAACCUGAGGUCCUUGAUGAGCUGGAUAUUGACGACCACACCAAAGAGGUUCUUUUGAAAAACAUCAAGAGAAGACUCACUCCGCAAGCAGUCAAAGUAAGAGCUGACGUAGAGGUGCUAUGUUAUGCGUACGAAGGUAUUGAUGCUGUGAAAGCAGCUCUCAGAGCAGGUUUAAAACUAGCUACAGAGGAAGUUCCCUUGAAAAUUAAUCUUAUUGCUCCACCUAUUUACGUCAUCUCUGUAACGUUGUUCAACGAAGAGAAAGGAGUUGAGGCAGUGAGAGCGUCUAUGGAGGCCAUCAAGAACUCAAUAGAGGCCUCUAAAGGUACCUUUAACGUGAAGCUGGAUCCUAAGGUAGUAACAGAAAGAGAGGAUCAGAAACUACAGGAGGAACUGGAACAGAGGGAGAGAGAUAUGAUGGAGAAAGAUGGAGAUGAAGACAGCGAAGAUGAGGAAAGCGAAGAUGACGAGGAGGAGGAGAGCGACGAGAAUGAAGUCUAGUUUUGUGUUGAAACUUCUCCUCUGUUUCUUUUAAUUUUUGAAUUGUUUGGGUAUCUUAUGCUCGACAUGUGCCAUGUACAUGA